AUGCAGCAUAUUUCGUCUGUAGAAAAAGGAAGAAAGCUGGAAGAAAGAGUUGUUAGAGUAUUGAGAAGUGUGAACAUUGAGUGCGAGAGAAUAGGAGGACCAGGAGACGGAGGAAUAGAUGUUAUCGGACGAAUAGUCGAUACACCGUUUAUCAUCCAGUGUAAGAACUGGCACAGAAAUAUAGGACCUUCCGUUGUUCGAGAAAUUGAAGGGGUACUUACUAGAUACCCAAAUACAAUCGCCGUUAUAGUGGCUUCUUCAAAAAAUAAUUUUUACCCUGCAGCAAUAGAAACCGCAAAAUCGUCUGUGUUUAAUAUAAUACUUACGGAUCCAACAAGCAUAUGUGAAGAUCUCAUAUCCAUCGUUGAAAUUCAUUGGAAAUUUAUGGAUCAUGGGACAUAA